AUGUAUGUGAUGAACUGCUAUAUGCUCCCUUUGGGUCUCUGUGAUGAUAUGCAUCAGUUAUGUGCCGGUUUCUGGUGGGGGGAUUCAGAGGAGAAAAAUAAAAUUCACUGGAGAUCUUGGGAACGGUUAUGUGUUCCUAAGAAGGAGGGUGGUAUGGGUUUCAAGAACUUGCAUUGGUUUAAUAAGGCUAUGUUGGCUAAACAAAGUUGGCGGUUGCUACAGAAUCCAAAUUCAUUGAUAGCUAGAUUGUAUAAAGCUAUUUAUUUUCCUAAUGGUGAGUAUCUCAUAGCUGGUUUAGGGAAUACACCCUCAUUUUCAUGGAGGAGCAUUGUGGAAGCUAGGCAGGUGUUAGUUCAGGGCCUCAGAUGGCAGGUUGGGAAUGGUGAGCAUAUUGAGAUAUGGAACCAUAAUUCGAUUCCAGAUGUGUACCCCAGAGGGCCGUCUUCACCUCCUCCAUAUGAUGCACCCCGUUUUGUUGAGGAGCUUAUUGAUCCAAUUACUCGGAGUUGGGAUCUCCCCCCCCCACCACUUGUUGAUUCUUAUAAGGCAGUGUGGAAGGCAACAUGGGAUGCUAAAGUACCUAGCAAGGUAGCUCUACAUGCAUGGAAGACAGCGGUUAAUAUUCUUCCUACACGGGUGGGAUUGAGUACUAAAGGCUAUAAUGGAGAGAUGGGGUGUUUAUUGUGUCUGCAUACUUUGGAAAACAGCUUGCAUGUUUUUGCUGAUUGUCCAUAUGCACAGGAAGUUUGGCAUAGAGCUGGUUUACAGCUGCCUACUGGGCCGAGCGACAAUUUUAUAGAUUGGUUUUUGGGUGUAAUCAAUAGUUUGACAAAGGAGCAGAUAGCUAGGUGUUUGAUGCUCUUAUGGGGGAUUUGGAAAAACAGGAACAGUCAAUUGUGGGAACAUAAGAGACAGCAUGCAUCUGAGGCUGUGUUGCUCACUAUGGGUUGGUAUGAGGAAUUCAAAAAAGUAAAUGUGCAGCCAACGGAGAUUAGGAGACAAUUGGUGACAUGGACAAGACUACAAGAGAAUUGGGUGAAGGUUAAUUGUAAUGGUGCAUUCCAGCCGGCAACAAGAAAGGGGGGUGCUAGAGUUGUGAUCCGAGAUGCUAAUGGUGAUUUUCAAGUUGGUGCUGCUAGACCUCUCCCUUUAGUAACGUCGCCUUUCCAUGCAGAAUUGAUGGCGUUAAAGGAAGGGAUAAAUUUGGCAGUGGCAUUACAGCAUGAACAGGUACUGUUUGAAUCUGAUUGCUCUUUAUUGGUUCAAGCUUUGCAUUCAACUGAACCAGAUUUAUCUACAAUGAGUAUGUUGCUUGAUGAGAUCAGACUAAUGCUGCAAAAUCAUGGUGGUUAUAGAAUUAAUUAUGUACCAAGGGAAGCAAAUACAGUAGCUCAUGGAUUUGCUUCUCAGUAG